AUGUCCGAUCAGGCAAUUAUUCGCAUUACAAGGGAAAUCAACCAGAUAGAGCAGAGUGCAGAUCUCUCUUUUGCGGUCGACUACGAAGAAUCCGAUAUUCGAAAUGUGCGAGCAAUUAUCUUAGGACCGCCGGACACGCCCUACCAGUUUGGUUUAUUUGAGUUCACGAUCAAGUUCGGAAAAGACUACCCUGCGCGUCCCCCGAGCGUAAAGGCCGUAACCACCAAUUCCGGUUCCUGUAGGUUCAGUCCAAAUCUAUAUGCUGCGGGAAAGGUUUGCCUGUCGAUUCUUGGUACAUGGACUGGUGAACGAGGGGAACAAUGGUCAUCCGCACAGGGGCUCGAGUCUAUCCUAAUUUCUAUCCAAAGCCUUAUGUCGUCAAACCCUUACGAGUACGAACCUGGAUAUGAAAAUGCCAAUUCAAGCUCAGACCAGGAGCAUAUGGCGCACUACAAGUCCAAGAUCCGUCACGAAACGAUACGCAUAGCUGUUAUUCAGCCCUUGGAGGUGGCCCUGGAUAUCUUGCCGGACGGAACCAAGAAAACCUUACUCGCAAUGAUGGAGGAUGAUGAUUAUAUCUCAGACGACGGCAGCCCUAUCUCUGAUAAUCCCUUCAACGACCUUCGGAAACGUCGCUUCCUCUGGUAUUACGAAUCGUAUGCGCAAUUAAUCGACAAAGAGUCGGGAGAUUCCACGCCCAAACGUAAGUUUCAGAGAAUGCCUUUCGAGAGUAGCGGCAAUACUAUGGAUGGGCAUUUCGAUUACCCUGAACUGAAACGGCGAUUGGAUUUUGUGAAAGGCAAGAUCAUGGAAGAGACAAAUGACUGGCAGGCACAAGGGCUACAGGCAAAAAAGGACGAAUUGGGAAUCUCCGUAAACCUCCAGCGCCAGUACGAACAAAUUGUCGAGAGUCUGAAAAGCCACAAGAACUACUCGAUUGAUUUGACUCUUGCCGAUGAUAACCCUUUCCUCUGGAAAUUCACCUACUUUGGCCGGCCAACAACACCUCUUGAAGGCGGUAUCAUCAAAAUCAGGAUCCAUUUGAGUCCUCGAUUCCCAGAGGAGCAGCCCCGGGUUUUCUUGGAGACGCCCCUGUCUCACAUUCGUGUGUCCAAAGACGGCGUACUGUGUUAUUUUCCGAGAAAGACCGAGGACAUGCGUGCCCACGUGGAAUCAAUUGUGGCCUCUCUGGAAGAAGAGGAGCCACCUUAUGACCCUCGCACCACAGUAAACGCAGAGGCAUCGAAACUGUUCUGGGGCUCUCCGGAAGACCGUAAGAAAUACAAAAGGACUCUAAGAAGGGAUGUGGAGAGAUCUGUUGAGGCCGCCUUUGAAUAA